AUGGCAGUCGCUGCCGCGCGAGGAGCUCACCACCAUGGCACCGGCACCUCUUUCUUCCCCCCCGCCGGCGGCGCGGAGGCGAGAUGUCGGAGCUGGUGGCUCUGUGGGGCGCCGGACGGGUGGCGCCGAGCUCGCCAGGGCCCCGCAGCGGCAGCGCCUCCGCGACGGGAGGCGGCUCGGGGGCCGCGCCGCCGAGCGGUCUCGAGGGCCGCGGGGGCUCUCUGCCCACCAUCCGUGGCCCCGAGCUGCCUGAAGGGCCGCAUGGCUGCGAGGGAGGGCGGCUCGUGCGUGCCCGGGCCCGCGCGCGUGCGCAGGGCGGCGAGCAUGCCGGCAGGCGUCGGCGGAGGCAGCCCGCGCAGCAGCCCCACGGGGCCCGCGGAGGGCCUGGGCGCGUGGCCCGCGGGGCCGCCCCGCCUGCGCCGGGCCGCGAGCACCGCGGGGGAGGAGCACAGGCGGCGACAUGAUUCUCGGGUGAAGCGCGUCCUGUUCUUGCCGUGCCUCGUGAGCAGCACCCACGAGGUGACGCCGUACGCCCAGAAGUAUGGCAUCCACCCGAGGUUCUUUGUGUUCGAGAAGAACGGCGACAAGAGACUGACCGAUUCGGGUAUCAAGGAGGACAUCAAACGCAUCGAGCAGGGCCUGGGCCCUCUCAAGCUAGGCAGGAGGCAGUCAUCUUGA